AUGACCGGCUCUGCUGAUGGGUACACUGCUUUGUUAGCCGCAUUUUCCAGCAGAAACCCGGAAAACUUCAAGAUUUCCAGCAUUUGCUCCGUCAGCUCUCGCUCCGUCUGCCUACUUGUUGUUGUCGCUGGCAGCUCCAUCUUCUCGAGCUCCGUUUCGACCAAUAGCAGUGCAGGACACUGGUGCAGCGCCAGCAGAAGCAGUCGGUGCAGCUUCUCCAGUACACGGCGCCAGUUGGCCAGGUCCGCCUGCGCCUCCAUGGGCCAGCCCUUGAUGCACGCCAGCAGCGGUGCCACACGCGUGUCUGGGGCCUGUAGUAUCACAUGCAUGAGUUUCUUUUCAUGUUCACUGGGCGGUGCGCGCGGCGUGACAGUCGCGCCUGCCUCUUGCAUCUUCUUCAGUAAGUUCCCCUUUCUUGACCGUUAA